AUCAGCUGGACCGGGACAAUGCUACACUGUGCCGACUGUGAGAAACCUAUUCUGGACAGGUUCCUGCUCAAAGUUUUGGACAGACCGUGGCACAUCAAGUGUGUCCAGUGCUGCGAAUGCAAAUGUAGUCUGACAGAGAAGUGCUUCUCUAGGGAUGGGAGACUGUAUUGUAAGAAUGACUUCUUUAGGAGAUUUGGGACCAAGUGUGGAGGAUGCUCACAGGGGAUUUUGCCCAGUGAUCUUGUCCGCAGGGCCAAAAGCAAAGUGUUUCACCUCAACUGUUUCACCUGCAUGAUGUGUAACAAGCAGCUGUCCACCGGAGAGGAGCUGUACAUCCUGGACGAGUUCAAGUUUGUCUGCAAGGAGGACUACCAGAACAACAACGGGAAGGACACGAUCCUCCUGUCAGUCACGACGUGCAGCGACCCGAGCCUCUCUCCGGACUCGCAGGACCCGCAGGACGACGGGAAGGACUCGGAGGGCGGACACGCGUCCGACAAGGAGACGUGCGGCAACGACAACGACGAGCAGAGCGCCGUCGGCAAGCGGCGCGGGCCCCGGACCACCAUCAAGGCCAAGCAGCUGGAGACGCUGAAGGCUGCGUUCGCGGCCACGCCGAAGCCCACCAGGCACAUCCGGGAGCAGCUGUCCCGGGAGACCGGCCUCAACAUGAGGGUGAUCCAGGUUUGGUUUCAAAACCGGAGGUCCAAAGAGCGACGCAUGAAGCAGCUGAGCGCGCUGAGCGCGCGGAGACACGUGUUUUUCCGGAGUCCGAGGAGAAUGAGAUCUCUAGGAGAGAGACUGGAACCAGGAGAGCUUGGCCAUUUCUCUUAUUAUGGAGAUUAUCCGAGCGAAUACUACGGCCCAGGUGGGAAUUACGAGUACUUCCAAGGCCCCCCUUCGUCCCAGGCUCAGACCCCCGCAGACUUGGGCUUUGUGCCCUCGACGGUCCCCGCCGGCACCCCGUUAGGAGCCAUGGACCACCACCACCACCACCACCACGCAGGGGUGGGGCAGCACCACUGCGGCGCAGACGUGCAGUGCUUCUCGGACGGCGCGUCGCACCACCCCGCGGACUCGCCCAGCCCGGAGCCCAGCGGGCCCGGCUCCAUUCACAGCAUCUCCAGCGAGAUGUGCGGGCCCGGCACGCCGUUCACGGCCGUGUCUCUCAGCGACAACGGAUACACCAACCAGCUGUCACAGCCGUCCUCGGAACUGAGUGAAGGCACUGCCUGGUAAUCCAGCUAAAACAAAGCACACUUUAUUUAUUUAUUUAUUUAUUUAUUUAUUU